AUGGAGCGAGAAGAUUCGUUCCUCGAAGAAGCCAUCUCUUCACUGGGGCCACGACUUCAACGCGAAGUGAACGAACUGCAGGAGCUGCUGCGCCUGGCCGACACAGACAUGACAGCCGACGAGGAGGAAUUGUUCGAACACAACUUCAACACCUACAAACGCUUCAUCAAAGAUGGCACCCACUACACGCUCGAAGGUGUGAGCGAUACAGUGGAGAUUCAGCUCAAAAUCGAAAAGGCCAAGGCCGACCUCGUGUGCAUGUGCUACGAGUUCGUGCGAUCGUACUACAUCAAGGUGGAGCGCACCAAGGUGUUGCGGCUGCUCGACGGGUUCAAGCGACUGCAGGGCCGACUGUCGACGCGGCACGAGCUGGGGCGCAGGGAGCACCUGCGCGAGUCCAAGCGCGAGUCGACCGCGGCCGCCGGCAAGAGCGAAAGCGAAGCCGAAGAGACCGAAGACCAGCCGAAGAAGAAGAAGAAGAAGAAGCAAAAGAACGAAGACGACAGCGGGAAAGCGAUCUCUCCGCGACUGACAGACGGGUUCAAGAUGAGGAGGAAUGCCAAGAAUGGAGGCGCGUGGAGUCACUACCUGCCCAUCAACGACGAGCCCGCAUUGGUGGUGGCCGACGCGUCGCCAACAAAGCAAAACACCACCCCGACGGUGGACGUCGACCAGUACCCGCUGCUGCGCGCACAGCGCACGGCCACCAGCGGCGAUGCCAUCACCAUCAGCGGCGGCGGAAGCGGCGGCACCGGUGAUGACGAUGAAGCUGGGGCGUUGACGCCCACGACCCGGGAGAACACGUUCUACGACAGCGAGUACUUUCGCGCGGUGAGCUCCAAGCAGAGCAAGGGCCGCGCGGCGCGGGUCUACACCAAGGCCCGCGCCCAAUGCACGCGCGCGAACGCGUUCGAGGCGGUGGCGCGCAAGCUGCCCAUUUUGCGGUGGUUCCCGCUGUACUACCUGCCCUGGACGCUCCAGCAGCAGCAGCAAAAGCGGCAGCAGGGCGACGAGGAGGAGGCGGAGGAGCGGGGGUUGUGGUAUGUGCUCGAGAAUCUGCGAAGCGAUCUCCUGGCCGCCAUCACCGUCGGCUUCAUGCUCAUUCCUCAGGGCAUGUCAUAUGCGCUGGUGGCUGAGUUGCCUCCGAUCUACGGCCUCUACUCUGCGCUCAUUCCUUUGGCGCUCUACUGCAAAGGGACCCCCGAGUAUGUCCAAGCCGCACUGCUCGUGUCCGCCAUUAGUGGGGUCCUGAUGAUAUGUGGAUCACUGCUGCACGUCGGCUUCAUUCUCGAGAACAUUCUCUCUCAUCCGGUGUUGAGCGGGUUCACGUCAGGCGCAGCGAUCAUCAUCAUGGGCUCGCAGCUCAAACACUUGUUUCGGAUCAGCAUGUCCGGGAACACGCUGAUCGAAUACAUUGAGUCCUUUGCAAAUUCGGCUUCCGACAUUCACGGCUGGACCACUGCCUUCGUGAAAGUCGUCUCAGCUGAUCCCUUUGCGGUCCCCGCCUCGCUCUUGCUGUUGAUCCUCACCACGCUCCUCAACUGGAUCUUCGAUCUGUCCACCAAGCUGGGCUUGAAGGAGGUUGGCGCAUUGCCCGAUGGACUACCUGAGCCUUCCUGGGUCCACGCGCUCAGCUGGGACAACAUCAAGACAGCCUUCCCAGCGGCCGCGACGGUCUCCUUGCUGGGCUUCAUCGAGUCCAUAUCCGUCGCCAAGCAGUUUGCCGCCAAACGGCAGUAUCACAUCAGCGUGGGUCAAGAGUUGCUCGCGCUGGGCGUUUGCAAUCUGGGCGGCGCCUUUUUCCAAGCCUUCCCGGUGACCGGCAGCUUGUCGCGGUCGGCGGUCAACUUCCAGGCGGGCUCCCGUUCGCCGCUGUCGUCCCUCUUCACCGCCGGACUCAUCAGUCUCACCCUGCUCUUCCUCACCCCCGCAUUCCGCUACACGCCCCUGUUCGUGUUGGCAUCGAUCGUGGUGUCGGCGGCGGUGCUGCUGAUCGACUACGAGGAGGUGAUCUUUCUCUUCAAGAUCGGUGACAGGGUGGACCUCGCCCAAAUGCUCAUCGUCUUCCUCGGGACCCUCCUGCUCGGCCCAGAGCUGGGCGUGAUGGUGGCGAUCGCCGUGUCGCUGAUUCAGCUCAUCUUUAAGUCGGCCAAGCCCAAUUUUGCGCGUCUGGGCCGCUUGCCCGGAACCCUCGUCUACAAGGACAUCAAACGGUUCCCUUCAGCGUUGAGGCACAAGGGCAUCCUGAUCGUUCGCUUCGAUUCGAAUCUGUUCUUUGCCAAUGUCAAUUGGUUCAGAGAGACGCUCACCAAGUACGAGCUGAAGAGCAAGCACACGAUCUACGCCAUCAUUCUCGACGCCACCGGUGUGAACACGCUCGACUCGACGUCGAUUCAUCUGCUCGAGGACCUAGUGCAGGAGUACAAGACCAAACAGAUCCGCUUCCUGUGGGCCAACGUCAAGGGCAGCGUCCGCGACACCAUGAACGCCUCCGGAUUGGCGAAAAAGCUGGGCGUGGACAACUUCUUUUUGACGACGCAUGACGCGGUGGACUACAUGCUGGCCGAGCUCGAGGACCACGGCCUCAUCAAGCCCCACCUGCCCAGCACCUCGACCUCGCCCUCGCCGCUGUCGGAGGACGAACCCACCACCGACUCCGCCGCCUCCGACACCGACAGCGACGAGGCCCAGAAGAAGACACCCAAGUCGGGCGUGCUGGCGCGAUAUGCCGUCGACGUCGACGCUGAUGGCGAAGGCGCUGCCGACCUUGAGCGGGGCGCCACCCGUGCCCGCCGGUGGUGA